UACUACAGCCCUGCGGCCUACCAGAAGGCUGGAGAAAGCCCUGACAGCUUUCUAUAAGAAGGCAUAUGCCGCUGCUUCUCAGAUUAAUGGACACGGCGGAGGCCAGGCAUUGUCGCUCUGCCACCUUGCUCAUGUCCUUCCUCUCCCUCGCACUUGUCAUAUGGCUACCUCCAAUGGCGGCCGCCACCCAGGAGAUGAAGUCUAUCUACGCCGGCUCGAGGGUCAUACCGGUGCGGCUGGGCCGGCCGGCGUUCGGCCCGGAGAGCAUCGUCUUUGACCACCGCGGCGGCGGCCCGUACACCGGCGUUUCCAACGGCCGCGUCCUUCGGUGGAGGGGCAACCGCCGCCACCACGGCUGGACCGAGUUCGCCCACAACUACAAGCACAAGACGGUGGCGGAGUGUGCGGCGAAGAAGAAGCUGGUGGAGCCGGAGAGCGCGUGCGGGCGGCCGCUGGGCCUGCAGUUCCACCACGCGUCCGGCGACAUGUACAUCGCCGACGCGUACCUUGGGCUGAUGAGGGUGGGGCGGUGCGGCGGGCUAGCGGAGGUGGUUGCCACGGAGACCGGCGGCGUGCCCUUCAACUUCCUCAACGGGGUCGACGUCGACCAGGAGACCGGCGACGUCUACUUCACGGACAGCAGCACCGUCUACCCACGGAGCGAGUACAUGAUGGUGGUGCUGACCGGCGACGCGACGGGGCGGCUGAUGAGGUACGACCCGCGGACGGGCAACGUCACCGUGCUCAGGUCGGGCCUGGCCUUCCCCAACGGCGUCGCCGUCAGCGCCGACCGGACGCACCUCGUCGUGGCGGAGACGUCGUCGUGCAGGCUGCUCCGGCACUGGCUGCGCGGGCCCGCGGCGGGGACGACGGAGGUGCUCGCCGACCUGCCGGGGUACCCGGACAACGUGCGCCCCGACGGAGGCGGCCGGGGCGGGUACUGGGUGGGCAUGAACCGGGACAAGCAGUGGGCGGAGAGCGGGACCACGGCCAACUCCAUGAGCGCCGUCAGGGUCGUCGUCGACGGGGGCGCCACCACCAACGGCACGGUGGCCGAGGCGCUGCGCGGGUUCGGCGACGCCACGGUGAGCGAGGUGGUGGAGCGUAACGGGUCGCUGUGGAUCGGCUCCGUCGACACGCCCUACGUCCGCCUGUUCAAGCUCGCGUCUCUACCUCAAUGCGGUGGGUAAGCAUUGCAUCGCAGUUCAUGUCAUCUGAGAGACUGUGGGCGGGCUCCGUUCAACUUGUGUAGUAGCAGUACAGUCGUGCGUCCUGUACCCCAUGUUGCCAGCUGCAUGUUGUAACCCUGGCAAGAAGCAAUAACCAAUCUAAUCAUCUCUGUUGCUCGUCAA